UACAAAACGUUACCGACCGAAGUCCUGCAAACCUCUCAGACAUGCAAACUUCAUAAUGAGAAAUACGAGCUGUUCUGUAGAAAACACGAUUGUCCAUGCUGUAAGAAAUGUGUAAAAUCUCACAACGAUUGUAAAGGUUUAACCGACAUUAAUGAAAUCAUAAAAAACGUCAAAACUUCAAAUGCCUUUAAUGAAAUACAACAAACCCUGCUGGAAGUCGUCGAUAAUAUAAAACGACUCAGCACUAACAGGAAUGAAAAUUUAAAAUCUCUGAAAAACAAGAAAAGAGAAAUUGAAGCAGAAAUAAAACAAACAAGGAUAAAUGUUAAUCAUCACCUUGAUAAACUUCAGGAUGUCCUGAUUAAAGAAUUAAUGACUGUUGAACAAGGAGAGAAAAGCAAAAUAGAAAAAUUGUUGUCUACUCUGAAAACGAAGGAAAAAGAGAUCACUGAAGUACAAGAAAAUAUUUCUAGUAUUAAACAGCAUGCGUCAGAACUUCAGACAUUUUUAACCAUGAAAGAUAUCGAAAAAGAUAUUGCAGUCGAAGAAAAAUUUAUUCAAUCGAUUACCACAAGUGACUACACAAAUCAAGUCAAUAUUUCAUGUCAGAUUAACAAAUAUUUACAGCAAAUCGCAGCCAGCGUACAGAAGUUUGGAGAAAUUAAUGUCAGUUCUGAUCCAUGUGAUUUUUCCAUUCAGAAACGGAAGGACAGACAAGCCCAGAUUAUGGUAGCUCUUCCAACCAGAAAUAUCGAAAAUCUGACUCUAACAUUACAGAAACGUAUCAAUACAGAGUUAUCAGAAGUCAAUGGUUGUUCACUACUUCCUGGUUAUAGGAUGGUAUUCUCCUCUUGUACUUAUAGUAACGAUAAAAUAAGAGUACUCAAGUCUGACGGAUCAAAAGAUUUCGAAAUAAAGACAAUUCGUCGAACGUCUGAUGUGGUAUUUAUUGGUGAUGAUCAUAUUGCUGUAACAUCCGGCAAUUCAAAUCAGAUUAAUAUAAUCAACUUAAAGAAGCAAAAACUGAAGAAAUCGAUAAAAGUAAAUUCAAACAAUGGUGGAGUAGUAUACAAAGAUGGACAUUUGAUUUAUUGUGCCGGGGAGAAAGGAAUCCAGAUGAUCAGUCUGAAUGACGAAACCAUUACCAAUAUUACCAAUACCAAACUCCCAGAUGAUGCGUACGUUACAGCAUUCGGUGACAAACUGUUCUAUACAAACAAUACCAAUGACAGUGUAACCUGUUGUGACUACCAUGGUAACAUACUGUGGACGUUCUGUGAACAUAGUGUUCUGCUGACUCCAUUAGGUAUAUCUGUAGACAAUGAUGGUCACGUGUUUGUAGCGGGGUAUGGUACUAACAAUGUGGUCGCUAUCUCUCCCGAUGGACAACGCUACAGACAACUCUUAUCAAGUGAAGAUGGACCGAGCGCCCCAUGGGCUCUGCAUUAUGACAUAUCUACCAAUGAAUUGCUAGUUGCAAAUCGAUCUGAUGAAGCGUUUUUGUAUGAUGUGAAAUGAUUAGAAAUGAAGGUUUACUUUUCCAGAAUUCGACUUACCUUAUUUAGGUUGACCUUAUUUAACAUUUUGUUGAUCUGGAUUACUAACAUGCUUUUUAAUGAAUUAUUUUAAUUUG